CCUAAACUUGAUUGCAUCCAUCCAUUCCCGUCACUCUCUAUCUAAUCUAACGAACUUCACUUAUCAUUCAUCAUGGAUCCUCAGUACUUGCAGCAACUUCAAACGUGUCUAGAACAAAUCGCUUCCCCUAGUGGAACUGAUGGUAUCAAGGAGGCCACCCAAGCUCUGAAUGAACAUUUCUAUAAAUCACCUCAGGCCAUCCCCGGUCUUGUCGAGCUUCUCUCCGCAUCCCCCAACCCUUCAGUACGUCAACUAUCUGCAGUUGAACUUCGAAAACGUAUCUUAGUCGCCAAACGCAAACAUUACAAGCGACUCGAUGACUCUGUUCGGGUUACAAUCAAAGCACGCCUUCUUGAGCUUAUCACCUCUGAAACCGUCUCUCUCACCCGACAUGCUAUCAGUCGAGUAGUUGCUGAGAUUGCUGAGCUCGAGCUUCCAGAACGCACAUGGCCAGAGCUGCUCAACUUCCUCAUCGCAGCCACUGAUAGUUCGGUGGCUACUGAACGAGAGAUUUCCGUCUUCACCCUUCACGCCAUGAUGGAUACCAUUGUCUCUUGUUUCCCGGAACAUCUGCCUCAGAUCUACGCCCUUUUCUCUAAAACUCUUCAAGAUCCCGAGAGUCUCGCUGUCAGAGUCAGCACCUUGCAAGCUCUCGGACGUGUGGCUGAGUACAUCGAACUUGACGAAGAGUCUUCUAUUACUACGUUCCAGUCUAUGAUUCCCCAGAUGCUUGCAGUCAUUGGUCAGACUAUGGAGGCCAACGAUGAAGCUUCAGCAAAGAUCGGAUUCGACACACUCGAAACAUUACUUAUCAUUGAAGUGCCACUUAUCAAUGCUCACUUCGAUCAAGCUGUCCAAUUUAACUGUACUAUUGGAAGCAACAAAGCUUUGGACGAGUCAUUUCGUAACAUGGCUUUGAAUUGCUUACUCUGGAGCAUUAAAUUCAAAAAGACUAAAAUCGCUUCAUUAAACCUCAUCAAACCUAUUGUUGAUGCCUUGAUCAUCAUCGGCACUGAGGACGAACCGGAGGAUCCCGAAGAUGAUUCAGUCGCUCGGACCGCCUUUCAAUGCUUGGAUGCUCUUGCUACCUCUCUUUCUCCCCAAUCCGUUUUCCCUGUUCUUUUCGCCCACAUCCAAGAAUGCUUCCCUAGUCCUGAUCCUACGCUUCGCAAGUCGGCUGUCAUGGCCCUUGGAGUCGCUGUCGAAGGGUGCUCCCAAUUUAUUCAGCCUCAUCUCGAACAACUAUGGCCUUUCAUCGAAUCUGGCCUCGAAGAUCCUGAUUCACGUGUCCGAAGAGCUGCUUGUACCGCUCUAUCUUGCAUCAGCGAGAUGUUGAUUGAAGAAUGUGGAACGAGGCAUUCAAUUCUCAUGCCACGAAUCUCUGCCCUGCUGAACGAUCCCGAAUGUCAACGUAAUGCGAUGACUGCGCUCGAUGGACUUCUAGAAGUCUUUGAUGAUCAAACCAUCGGUCUCUACUUGAAUCCCUUGAUGGAACGCCUCGUCCCUAUGAUCGACUCUACCCCUCUCAAACUCAAAGGUACAGUCAUCGGUGCCAUUGGCUCUGCUGCCUAUGCGGCCAAGGCUGGCUUUGAACCUUACUUCGAUGUCUGCAUGCAGCGCAUCACUCCUUUCCUAUCUCUCAAGGGUGAAAGUGAUGAAGCUGAACUUCGUGGUGUGGUUCAAGACACUGUUGGUACUUUGGCUUCUGCUGUUGGCAAGGAGAAAUUCAGACCUUUCCUCGAGGGUUGUUUGAAUGUCGCCUUCGAAGCUAUCGACAUGGAGAACCCCAGCCUCCGAGAAUGCUCGAUCAUCUUCUUCGGUACUCUCGCUAAGGUUUACGAACAAGAAUUUGUGCCUUACUUACCUCGCGUGAUGCCCGCUGUAUUGCAUAGUCUUGGUCAGGAAGAAGAGGAUGGAGCCGCUACUUUACCAACUGAAGCUGUUGCAGGUUUCAAAGCUGGUGAUGAUGAAGAGGAUGAGGCGGAGGUUGAUGAUGAAGAUGGGUUUGUUGACAUGGAGGAUCUCUCACUUGACGAUGAAGACUUGAUGAAAGUCACCACUUCUGUUGCUGUCGAAAAGUCGGUCGCUGCCGAUACGCUCUCUGAAUUAUUCGAACAUACGAAGACCAACUUCUUGCCAUACCUCGAGAACGCAAUCAAAGGCCUCAUGCCUCUCCUUACUCACUUCUAUCCGACCACCCGCAAAGCUGCUGCCACCACCUUAUUGUCAUUCAUUUCCAUUGCCCAUGACCUCACCGACCCGCCGAAGUUGGAGCCUGGACUCGCCAACAUUCGUCUUUCCGAUGACGUUCAGAAGCUAAUCGCUUUGAUCGUUCCUCAAAUCAUGAAGAUAUGGCAGGAAUGCGAUGAAUGCGACGUUCUCAGUGACGUAUGUUCAUCAUUGUCUGCUGUUGUCGCCAAUGUUGGAGCCGGAGUCGUCAGCUCAACACACCUCGACGAGACCUGUCACUUCCUCCUACAAGUUCUGGAACGCAAGUCGCCAGCACAAAUCGACUGUGGAUUUGACGACGGAUCAGUAUCAGGCGAACUUUCAGAAGUUGAAUCACAUCUGAUAGGGUGUGCCACCGAUCUAGUUGGAACCUUUGCGACUGUCCUUGGAGCAGACUUUGCUCAAGCCUUUGUCCAAUUCCUUCCAUGGAUCGUCAAGUACUACGACCCAAUGUAUUCCGCCACAGAUCGAAACAAUGCCAUUGGCUCGCUUGCCGAAGUCAUCAAUGGUCUCGGAGCUUCGAUUGGCCCCUUCAUUGAAGAACUUUUGCCACUCGGUCUUCGUGCUAUUGCUGAUGAAGAUGUCGAAGUCCGAAGCAACGCUGCUUUUUACUUGGGAUCACUAGCUUUCUGGUCCGAGGUUGAUCUCUCCUCGCAGUAUAUUGAGAUCCUCAAAGGUCUUCAGCCACUCUUCACCGUGCCUGACAACUCUUUUAGAGAAAAGAGCGAGCGUGCCAGGGAUAACGCUGCUGGUGCAGUUGCCAGGAUGAUCAUCAAGAACAAGGCCGCAUUACCAUUGGAACAGGUUCUACCGCUGUACUUCGAGGCCCUCCCCCUCAAGCAAGACUUUGCUGAAUCAGCCAAGUGCUUUGACGCUGUGAUUCUAUUGAUCCGCGAACAGCAUCCAUUAGUUCAACCUCACUUUGAUCACAUCCUCGCUGUCUUCGCACACGUCCUCCCCACUGCUACUCCUCCUGCUCCGGAAGAGAAGGCCAUGAUCACCAUCGAGACGCGUGCCAAGAUUGUUCAGUUACUCCAAGAUUUGAAUACUCAAGUACCUGAUCAAUUGGCAGCAAGGGGUUUGAACACCUACUUCUAAUGUGUUAAGAUAAUGAAGGAUGAACUUAUCUUCAGAUGUAUCUCAUGGAAAUCAAAGUUAUCAAUUGCCAUUUCUUAAAAAACUAGCUUUUUCCUCACGUCGCACAACAAAACAUAUUUCGUAUUUGCUUCCGAUUCGAUACCUUCUUUCUUUCGACACUCACUUUUUGAUAUCUUUUUUUUAAUUUACAUCAUCUUUUCAAAGUAGUCGUAUCAACGUUUUGAAUCAUAUUAUAACAUACACGUAACUCUUAUAUACUCCGGGAGGCAAUUUUUCUGUCUUCCAAUUUUUUUUUAGAAACUCAUUUUGAUAAUUUGGCUUUUUUCUUUUCGCCUUCUCUUGAGUGAUUAGAGUGGGUUCUUCAGAAAUUGAUUGAUUGGAUUCUAUU